AUGCUGUCCAAAACGACACAUGCUUACGCCCAUUCCAGAAGCGGGGACUUACAACUCGAUAUUUAUCUCUCAGCCGAUCGCAGCAGUAUUGAUAACACUACACCGGCAUUCAUAUACUUUCACGGAGGUGGGCUGGUCGCGUUCAAUCGCGAAUUCAUCCCAACUCACAUCGUGCAAUCUUGCGUCCAAAGAAAAUGGCCACUGAUCUCAGUCGACUACAAUCUUCUUCCGCAAGCAAAAGGCGAAGAUUUGGUGUCUAAUAUCUGCGAUGCGUAUAGAUUUGUGAGGGGGAAUCUAUGUCGAAUUGCUGACAAGGGAGACGGAAUAUGGGAGAACAUAAUCGUUGGCGGAAAUAGUGCCGGUGCUUACAUGGCCUACCAAGCUGGCCUCAACCUUGAGCCAAAACCAUUAGCUCUGUUCUGUCUUUACGGACCAGGAAAUUGCAUGGGUAAAUUUUGGAGUUCGAAUCAUAUUAUUGGGAACGCACCUAUAGAGUUUGACGAAGUCUCUUGGUUUCUUGAGGCACCAAUGUCUGCGGGGCAUACACCACCAGACAUGGCAUUCUAUCCAGAAUCACUACUCGACGAUGGUCGACCAAACCCAGAUUUCAAGAUGCCUGUAAAUCCGGAGCCCUUCAACGAACCAGCGUUUCUUUACAAUUGGCUUGUCCAAGAAAACAAACUUCCACCUCUGGUUUCCGACAUCGAAGUUCCGUACUCCUCGCCGGCUUGGAGACAACUUCCUAAGACAAUUAUUAUCCAUGGUACGAACGACCAAAUAGUUCCUUAUGAGGCAGCCACAAAUCUUUUCAAAGCUAUUGGUUCGGAAACUGCGAUACUUUUCACUGUUCCAGACGCUCCGCAUGCUUUUGAUCAGAACCUGUUGCAUGGAGACAAAGACCUGGAAAUAGUGGAGCAGGCGUGGAAAGCACUGGAUCAAAUUGUACGAGAUCUAAAAAGAGCAAGUGCAUGA